UCUGCUGCCAACUUCAAACCAAAGGCAGUAUGCGUCCAGCGUCGUGGGUGACCGUGGUAUAUUCACACCAGAGUACGUAGUACCGACGCAAAAAUAAAAAGUUUUGAACUCCGUGUAAGAUCGAAGACAAGCAUUUGAUCGUGAGAUUCGUUUUAACUCUAGCAAUGGUUUUUCGAUAAAAAUGAUACAUGCCAAGUGCAGUUUGCUUGAGUUUAAAAAUCACUUGACCAAUUUACAAUGGCUAAUAGCAAUGUUGAACGUGGGAUUAUUGUCAAGAUAUGCGUUGAAAAUUUUGUGACCUACGAUCAUGCGAUAAUAAAGCCAGGCCGAAAUCUAAACGUUAUCAUUGGUCCCAAUGGUACAGGUAAGUCUACAAUUGUGUGCGCCAUAGUCCUGGGCUUGGGAGGGAAACCAAAAGUUAUUGGAAGAGCGUUACAUGUGGGAGAGUAUGUGAAAUCUGGUCGGCAGAAAGGGAAAAUAGAAAUCGAGUUGAAAAACCCAGGGAAAAAAAAUCAUAUUGUCACCAGAACGAUAACGUCAGAUGGACAUACGCAAUGGAUGCUUAAUGGAAAACAUGUAAGCCUGAAAGAGGUGGAACAAUUGACCAAGAGCCUCAACAUUCAAGUUGACAAUCUGUGUCAGUUUUUGCCACAAGAUAAAGUUCAAGAUUUUUCUAAAAUGAAUCCCCAAGAGCUGCUCGAAAACACAGAACGAUCUGUGGGAGACCCUAUACUGCUUGAAUAUCACACUAAGCUGAAAGAGUAUCGAAAGCGACACAUUGAUCUGCAGGAACAACUGAUUAACAAAGGUAACUUGCUUGAACGACAGACACAAAAGUACGAUAGAUUGAAGGAGAUUGUUGGCGGUAUUAAAGAACGAACUGCUAUCAAGACAAAGAUCUUAAACCUGAAACAAAAAAAAGCUUGGCUCCAGUACGAUCAAGGUCGUCAGCAAUUAAUGGAGGCAAAGCAAGAGUGGGAUGCAGCUUCCAAAGAACAAGAAAAAUUAAGAGAAGCUAUGAAACCAAUUGAUAAAGAUGUGACCAAGAUAACGUCUCGUUAUAGUGAUGCUGAGCGUGCAGUUAAUUCACAAAGUAAACAAUUGGUGACUAAAGCUCGCAACUUGAGAAAUAUGGUUGAUCAACUUUUGUCAUACGAAGAAAAAAUUCAGGAAAGAGACAAAUCACUUGCGGCUCAAAUACAUGCAGAAGUAACUCGCGAUCAGGAGAUUGCCAAUGCACAACAGAUGAAAAGCAAGCUUGAAAAUGAUCUCGAACUUAUUACCAAUGAGUUUGGAGAUGAGAAAUCCCUGGUGGAAAAACAACAAGAUAUAUUACAUCGUAUCGAAAAUCACAGAGCUUUCAUAAACAAGUUUGCAAGUCACGUACAUAGAUUCAAACAAGAGGAGGAUCAGAUCAGGUCACAAAUACGAGUCCUUGAGGGAGAGCUGCAGUCUGUCAAAGACGUGGAGAGGCAACGUUUAGCGUUGUUGAGGCAGAGGAGCCAGGAUGCAUACAAGGCUGUCGUAUGGUUGAGAGAGAACACUGACAAAUUCUCUCGCAUAAUUCACGAACCAAUGUUAAUCAAAAUUAACGUCAAAAGUGCAAAAUAUUCAAAGUAUUUCGAGAAUAUUAUUUCAAAUCGUGAUUUAUGCGCAUUUGUUUGUGAGAACAAACAAGACAUGAAUUUGCUGAUGCAGUUUUUGAGAGAUCAGGAAAAACUCCAAAUCAAUUGCGUUCAUUCAGAUCCUGACAAAAUAAUCAACAUGAAUCCUAAUAUACCUAUCGAGAAUAUUGCACAAUAUGGCUUUGAGUACUACUUGAGCUCACUUGUCGACGCCCCUCAGACUAUUCUCAACUAUUUGGUAAUGAACUAUCGUAUACACAACAUACCAGUGGGGAAUGACAGUGUUGAAAAUAACGCUCAAGACGUUCCUUGGGCAAUAAAUUGCUUUUAUAGUCGAAAUAAAUCAUACUUUGUAUCUCAGUCUAAAUACACCCGCGAAAAAUCCACCAAAAUGUCAACCGUUGCAGGCAAUGGUUCUCUUUCUGUAAUCCUGGAUACCGAUAAGCUGAAUGACAUCCAACAACGAUUGAGAUUACUUGUGGAACGUAAGACAGCAGUAGCACAAAAAGUUCUGGCAAUUGAAAAAAAACUCGAGGACGCUGAGAAAGAAAUGGUAGAACUUAGGGCAGAAAGAGGACAGUGUCAGCAUCACAUUGAACAAAUGAAGACAGUCAGAUCCAGAAUCGCGAUGACAACACAACGAAUCGAUUUGCUACAGGCGCAGAGAACGAGUAUCGAAGAAAUCAAGGAAACGUGUAAGAGAGAAAUUCAGGCUGUCGUAAAAGCGCAAGUCAAAGUUUAUAAGAAAUAUAAUGAAGCUUUGGAGGAAUACAUAGAGACCAGUAAAAACGGUGCUCAUUCUAAGUUGGAGAUGAAACUAUUGCAACGCACGCUAGCUGCCAAAACAAAUGAAUAUCGUGAGAUGAAAGAAAGAUGCGCUGCAGCUGAACGAACUGUUCGUAAAUGUGAAAUGGAAUUACAGCCCUUGAGAACCGAAGCAAGCAGAUUGCGAGAAGCUGCCAAGGUUAUGACAAAUGGUCUUGAACCCCAAAAUAAAGAUUUUGUCAAAUUGAACAAAGCUUUUUCAAAAUUGCCUAACAAUAUUGAAGAUAUUAAUGAUGAAUUAAAAGUAUCUCAAGCAAAAGUCUUCUGUUUGGGUAACAAUGCAGAUGGAGAUAAUGUUCUUCAAGAGUUUGAAAAAGUAAAAGUUGACGUUGAAGAGUUGAAACAAUAUAUAGAAGCAAAGACUGCUGAAGUUCACAACAUUAAUCAAGAGAUGGAAAAUAUUCGCAAGAAAUGGAUACCGCCGUUGCAACAAUUAGUUGAGGAUAUAGAUAAAAACUUUAGUUCAUAUCUAGCCAGCCUGAAUUGUGCCGGAGAAGUAUCUAUAACUCAUGGAGAAAAUAUUAUGGAUUUUGAAGAAUACGGACUAAAGAUUCGAGUAAAAUUUCGUGAUACUGAUGAACUUCAAGAAUUAACGCGAACGCAUCAAAGUGGAGGGGAAAGAGCAGUAACUACCGCGAUAUACAUGAUCGCCUUACAAGAAUUGUCGACAGUUCCAUUCCGUUGUGUCGAUGAAAUCAAUCAGGGUAUGGACGCAAUCAACGAGCGUCGAAUCUUCGAACUGAUUGUUAAUAUCACAGGCAAAUCUAAUGGAUCUCAGUACUUCUUGCUCACGCCAAAGCAACUUGUCCUGUUGGUUGGAACUGUUUAUUCGAUGACAUCUUCUGAAAUUGAAAAUUAAACUUCUAUCGCCGAGCAAUAGUUUGGAAAUGAACCACAUACGGAAUCGUAAGAUUGGUAAGACGCAGUAUUAUUUGUACAGUCGAUUCAACAGUUGAAUGACAGUAUAUCUAAAAACCAAAACUUGACGAGUUUUAAGUCUUGACCUUAAUUAAGGUCAGUUUUUGAAUUCGUGAAAAGCGUUUGCUGAAUACUUGUAGUAAUUGUUGCAAGUUCGAAUUGAAUUCCGUCAUGAUUGAACAGGGAUUACUUAUUAAAUAAGCAAUUUUCAAAAACCCUUUAACAGGUGUAACUCACCUAUGGACGAAUCUAUUUUAUUUCUACUAUUACGGGACUGUAGCUUUCCGUGAGCUGACUUUUCGUCUUCUUUUCGGAAAGGCAAAUCCGAUUCAGAAUUCGCGAUAGGUUUGCAACACGUUGCAAUUCCCUGAAAUCCGAAAUCAGUUUUCAUUUUUUAACGAGUAUCAAAAGUUUCUACGCGAUCGUUCUCGACGAGUGUCGGUCAGAAGAAUUUAAAAGAUUUGGUCCAUAGUUAAUUCGAAAAUGAAUUGAUCGAAGCUUUUCAAAAAUUUAAAGUGAAAAUUAGUUCAACAAUUGAGCAAAAAACUUAUACGGUGUUGAGAUUCUAGUGUAGACCGCAAUUUUUAAAUUAUCCAUCGUACCUUGAUUGUGGUGCAAUUACAUGCUCUGAAUAUACUCACCUGUACUAAAUCCAUGCGAGAAUCUAAGCUGAAUUGUUUUCCUGACAUCAGAAUGCCCCGAAUGCGACGUCGCAUAGCUGAAACAGUGAAAGAAUCUUGGAAAACUGGUGUGAUUGAAAUACGGGAAAAAGGAGCCGCGGGUAAAAAAAUCCCCAGGAUAUUCCUUCACUAUGCUUGUUGACGUAUAUUCGUUUAAUUCAUCGACCAUUGAUAGCCAUAAUUGAGUUUUUUGUGAGAAUUAAAUGCCUGAAGGAUUUUUCCAUAUUACCCGGGCUGUCCAUGGCUUCAGAUGGAUUACGUCCGAAGGUUUUCAUGCAUUCGUUGAAAACGUCGGCUGUGUCGUAUAUAGCCGCGAAGCUGCCGUUGACAAUUUUUGGAGACAUAGGUGAAUUGGCCAACAGAAGGCUCGAUCCAAAAUUUUCAUUUUUCUGACGUGUUUCUGGAAAUUACAAUUUAUGUACAGGUGUCUUCUUAUUAUGACACGGAGAAAUGUCGAGUACACGGAUUAAAAUUCCAAUUCUUAUAGUUACUACAAAAUUCUAGUAGAGUAGAAAACGAUUUGCAUUACAAUAGCAGUUUGAGUAUUGUUAGAAUCACAGAAAAAUGUGCCACAAGAAACUAGUUAGCGUGAACGUAGUUGUCAAAAUUAAAAUUUCUUGUCUGUCCGCGUUUAAUUUGCUUGCUUAUUUUACUACAUUCUUACAUCAAUUUAUCGUUGCUCUAAAAUCAAACUGUGGCAUUAGUUAGGAAAAACUACAUCCCGAAGGCCCAUAAUCAAAAGGAAUAAAAAUGCGUACCAGAUUUUCUUUUAACAGCUAGAAAACCGGUAUUCAUUUCGUACCCAUAACUAUAUUUUUCCUUCACGGUAAGAAAUAAAAAUAGUUGAGGACAGUAUUGUACAGUAACCAAAACUAGAAAUUUCUCUCUCUGUAACGUUCACUAUUUUUACACAGUAUAUUGGUGAUAGUUUUGUUCACAUACGGAUGAUCAAGUGUAGUUAAUUUUGCAAAAGAAAUAAAUCUGUUAUUUUCGUGAGAGUUAAAUAACGUCCAACUAUUCUGAAUAAUAUAUCGUCAGGUUGGUAAUAGGCGUAAAUUUCCCGGAUGUCCUAGUAUUAAAUCUUGUAACGUCUACCGAUUUUUUGAUCGUAAUCCAAUAUUCAACGGUGCGCACUUGGAUAUUCCUCACGCAGUGAAUUCAUAACGAAAAAUCUUGUUGCUAUCGAUUUAUGUGGAUGAAAUUGAGUAUUUCGAUCAUACCGUAUGUGGGGUAUUCCACGUCAAAUCGAACGGUCGGUUUACCCGACCCAUUUUAAUCUGAUUACCCCUUCGCACGAUCAAACUACACACAUAUUGAAAAAAUGAACUUUGAAUGUUCUUAGAUUUCUUCAACACAUGAUUUCUUCACAACUCAGCCAAUAAAUUAAUUUCAACAAUGUUUUGGUUUUUCGCGUCUACGUAGCUUAAAAGCUGGACAACAUAUGAAAAAAGUCCCUCCACAAAAAUUUUUGGUCUUCUUGUGAACUUCUCGGGAGUAUUUUUUCGGAUUUUUCAUGAACCCCGUUCAGUGUAGUUUUGAUACAAAAUGCGUGCAAAUUAUUCGUAACUGAAAAGUUUCUUAAUAAAAUGGGUUACAAUUUAUACACGGCAUGCCUGCUUCAAUGCGAAAGGUGGUCUGAAAACUUCAUAGUGGGUGAUGCAGUGGUUCGGAAGAUAUAUCAACAAAUAUUCAUACAGUUGCGAAAAUUCGGUUCAAACUUCGCGACUCGGCAAGCAAUUUGCUCACUCUGCGCGUGGCAUUGCUGCGCACCCGAGCGCGAUCUUCAAUUGUUGCGCGUCUUGUUUAUAAUCUCGAUUGUCGACUUUUUCUCGAGGAGCAUACUUCGGUCUAUCAUUUAUCCCGAUUCCUGACACGAUAUGUGAGUUUAGUACCGCAGAACAAUAUCUUUGAAGCAUACUCAUCCAAGGUAAGAAUUCAAAUAUUUGUUGCGUAUCGUAAUACCGAGUGUAGAACUUUCACCAUUCGUAACGCGACAUUAUAGUACGUACGGAUGAGACAUUUCACAAUGCCAUGUAAACUGUUACUUGUAACUUUUGAACUACUUUUCCGCCCACUACGAAAACUUAGAGAGAAUCUUUGGUAUUGAAAAAGAUAUGCAGUGUGAAAAUUUCAGCCAAUUCGAUUAGGGUAUUAUUUUUUUAUAGAAGAUUUUCGAAGUAUUUUCAUCAAAACUAUACUUUAACGGGGCACGAAAAAUCGCACAAACUUAUUUUUAGAAAUUUCAUAUAAAGAUGGCGAACUUUUUCCAUGUAUCAUGUGAAUUUCAAGCUAUGUUAGCUUGAGAAAAUGAGAAAUCGUCAGAAGCUGAUGUUUUGACUAGCUGUGGUAAGAAAAUGCCUGGUUAGGAAAAUUUGAAAAAAUUCAGAUUUGAUGCUUUCAAUACGAAUUUCAAGCGAGUAAAUUGGCGAAAACAUCAAAAGUGGUCAGGGAAAAAAUCUCGUUUAUUCGUCGAUUUGACGUGAAAUCCCCCAUAUACACUUCAACGAUGUGUUUAUUUCAAGGGACCGAUCUACUUAGUGAAAAAAUACGUUGAUCCCUUAAAAAAAUCACUUUCAAUGCGAAAAAGUCUGUUCUUUUUCUACAUUUCGUUAAACUAAGUAAAAAUUUGAUAAUUUCGGACUCAUCUUUGCCU